AUGAGCAAUACCGCCACAACCGUCAUGAUGAUCACCAUCGUGGAGGCUCUUCUCACAAAGAUGGACGACAAUAUUGCGGUCAACACGGAGAAAACAAGCAUGAAGGAGGACUUAGAGGAAGAAAAAAAGAAGAAAAAAGGUAUACACCGACUGCGACGCUUCGCAACUGGAAUCAGCUUGUCUGUCUGUUAUGCCGCUGGUUGCGGUGGAAUCGCUACUUUGAUAGGUUCACCACCGAACAUCAUCUUUUACGGUCUGGCAGUUGGGUAA